UGUUGUGAAUGGUAUUGAAUGAGUGAAUGAGUGCCACAAACACUGCAAACACUACACAAAACACAACAAACCCUUCAGUUUGGCCUCAAUUUUGAGCCAAAGAGUAAUCAUUUGUCCGUCACUUUUGUCACACUUUCAUCACUUUAAUUGAUCCCAAUUUUGAUGUCAUUUAUAUCAAUAUUGCCAUUAAUUGAUGGGUUUUUAGCGAUUGAUUGCAUUCAUCACUCAAUGAUGUCAUUAACUUUCACUCAAUCUCUUGAAUACUAAUCCAAUUAAUUAGUGAUUGUUUUGAUUUGUGAUUAACACUGAGAUUAAGGAUUGAGUGUUUGUUUUGAUUGUUUGGAUCAUUGGUUUUGUCACACAUCCAGUGAUUGAGUGAUAACCACAACAAUCAUUUUUAGGUUUGAGUUUUGAGAUGAGUUUAAAACAACCGAAAAAAGACACUAAAAUGAGAAUCAGAGCCUUUCCAACAUCAAUGGACGAGAAGUAUGUGCUCAGCAUUUGGACACUACUUAAGAACGCUAUUCAAGAGAUCCAGAAGAAGAACAACAGCGGUCUCAGCUUCGAAGAGCUGUAUCGCAACGCCUAUACUAUGGUUUUGCAUAAACACGGAGAGAGACUAUACAAUGGUCUCCGGGAUGUCGUCAAAGAACAUCUCGUGAAUAAGGUUCGUGUGGAUGUGUUGAACGCAUUGAACAACAAUUUCCUGCAAACCCUGAAUGAGGCGUGGAAUGACCACCAGACCAGUAUGACAAUGAUCAGGGACAUUCUCAUGUAUAUGGAUCGCGUAUACGUCCAGCAGAAUAGUGUUGACAAUGUCUACAAUUUGGGUUUGAAUUUAUUCCGCGAUCACGUCGUCCGAUACGGCAAUAUUCGGGAUCACUUGAGGGAAACACUUCUCGAUAUGGUUAUGAAAGAGCGAAAGGGAGAAGUGAUCGAUCGGUUAGCCGUUCGUAACGCGUGUCAAAUGCUAAUGCAGUUGGGAAUUGACUCCAGAUCGGUAUACGAGGAAGACUUCGAGCGACCAUUCCUUCAACAAUCGGCAGAAUUUUAUCGAUUUGAAAGUCAAAAGUUUUUGGAAGAAAACAGUGCUUCGGUUUACAUAAAGAAAGUCGAACAGAGGAUCAACGAAGAGGCCGAAAGAGCACAGCAUUAUUUGGACACUUCUACUGAACUAGAGAUCGUUCGAGUGGUCGAAGAAGAACUCAUAAGCAAACAUAUGAAGACAAUCGUCGAAAUGGAAAACUCAGGAGUCGUUCAUAUGUUGAAGAACCAGAGAAUUGAUGACUUGUGUUGUAUGUAUAAACUGUUCUGUCGCGUCCCCAGUGGUCUCCAGGCGAUCAUCACUUGCAUCAGUGCUUACCUUCGAGAACAGGGAAAAGCAUUGGUUACCGAAGAAGAAGCGACCAAAGGAGACGCCGUCGCCUUUGUUCAGUCAUUACUUGAUCUGAAGGAUAGAUUCGAUAAAUUCCUUUCGGAGUCGUUUAAUGGCGACAAAGAGUUCUUGAAAAUGAUUGCGAAAGACUUCGAGUACUUCUUGAAUCUCAAUCCUAAGUCACCGGAAUAUCUGUCGCUUUUCAUUGACGACAAACUGAAGAAAGGCGUGAAAGGGAUGACAGAGCAGGAGAUCGAACAGGUGUUGGACAAGACUAUGGUUUUGUUUCGAUACCUUCAGGAGAAGGAUGUGUUCGAACGCUAUUACAAACAACAUCUGGCGAAACGACUUUUGCUCAAUAAGAGUGUUUCGGACGACUCGGAGAAGAACAUGAUAUCGAAGCUGAAGACAGAGUGCGGCUGUCAGUUCACAUCCAAACUCGAGGGCAUGUUUAAGGAUAUAUCCGUUUCCAACACUAUGAUGGAAGAGUUCAAAUCGCAUGUUAACUCAUCACAAAUCAACUUAUGGGGCGUUGACCUGAAUGUACGGGUGUUGACCACUGGCUUCUGGCCGACACAGUCGACUCCAUCCAAGUGUAACAUUCCUACGGCUCCGCGAAAUGCAUUCGAAGCUUUCCGGCGAUUCUAUUUAGGAAAACACAGCGGAAGGCAACUCACACUUCAGUCACAACUCGGUUGGGCUGAUCUCAACGCUGUCUUCUAUGGCGCCAAAAGGGAAGACCUCGCGACUGAUGCAAACAAUUUGAACGCUACCGCUUGCACUUCCAGUUCGGUCAACAGCUUUGACAACACUGUCAGCACUUCCUCAUCACUACAAACCACUCAAUUAGCCACUAAUACCACCGCUUCAGUGAAGAUCACUCCCAGAAAGCAUAUAAUACAAGUGUCAACGCAUCAGAUGUGCGUUUUGAUGCUAUUCAACACCAGAGAUAAGAUUACUUAUGAAGACAUCGCCAACGAGACUGAUAUCUCCGAAAAAGAUUUGGUUCGAGCGCUGCAGUCGCUGGCGAUGGGAAAAGCGACACAAAGAGUCCUCAUUAAGACUCCAAAGACAAAAGAAAUGGAAGCGAGUCAUAUAUUCACUGUAAACGAUUCGUUCACAUCUAAACUACAUCGCGUCAAAAUACAAGCCGGUCUGCAGUCAAUGCCAUUCUUUCUCAACCCUAUCACACAUCUAAUGCUUGAAUUGUUUGUAAUUAUAGUGACAGCAAAGGGAGAGUCAGAACCCGAGCGAAAGGAGACUCGUUCUAAAGUAGAUGAGGACAGGAAGCAUGAAAUAGAGGCCGCAAUCGUUAGGAUAAUGAAAGCCAGGAAACGCAUGUCUCACGCCAGUCUCGUGGCAGAGGUCACAGAGCAGCUGAAGACACGAUUCCUUCCGAGUCCUGUUGUCAUUAAGAAGAGAAUUGAAGGACUCAUCGAAAGAGAAUAUUUGGCCCGAACUCCAGAAGACCGGAAAUUGUAUACAUAUGUAGCUUAACAUUACUAUUGGGAUUAAAAAUACUUUAAUAAAAAAAUAAUUACGCGCUUUAAGAGCCAAUUAUUUAUUGUUUUAAAACACUCUUAAAAUAGUUUAUAAAAUUUCAUUCUGUGUCCAAACAUGUCAUCAAAUUUUGGAAUAAAUUGUUUUCAUACAAAA